UAAAGUUGUGGCGAAGGAUUUACACAAGGACGAUGAUCUUGACUCCUCUAACAAUGCUGGGCCAAGAAGGAAGAAAGCUGUUAUUCUUUUAAGCGCAAAUCGCUCGCAGACAAUUGGAGUCCUUCUUUCUCAUCUCAAAAUCCCGCAUGAUGACUUUCGGAAAGCGAUAAUGUCUUUAGACACGCGAACGCUUCAGCCAAAUUUUGUAGUGCAGCUGAUGAGACUCUUGCCAACGGAUCAAGAAGUUGCUGCCUUACAAUCAUAUACUGGACCAAAAGAGGACUUGGGAGUGGCAGAGCGAUUUUUGUUUGAGCUACUUUGUAUACCUCGCCUAAAGCCUCGCUUGCAGUGCUUUGUCUUUAUCCUUGAAUUCAACGCAAGAUUGCAUGAUCUAUCAGAGAAUGUAGAGGUCUUCAGCUACGCAAUUCAUGACAUCAAGAGAUGCACCUCGCUCGUCAAAGUGCUGGAAAUCGUGUUGGCCCUCGGCAACUAUAUGAACGGCCAGGGACCGAAAGGAGGAGCCUACGGUUUCAAGCUUGAGUUCUUGACCAAGUUGGCCGACACCAAGACUUCAGAUAAUAAGAGCACUCUCUUGCAUUACCUGGUAAACUUUGAAAGCUGUU